UGCUGACACGCUCCUCCCACUACCUCCAGUAUUUAACCUUGGAUCGUUUACGAUUUCCCCAGAGGAUUGUAUUUUCAUACCUCGGUAAUCAUGAUUGUAAAGGUUGUAGCUUCACUCUUCGCAGUCUUUCUGGCUGUGGAGAGCUUGGACCUUGUCGGAGCGCCGGUGGAUGCGAACAUAAACAGCCCGGAAGUCCAGGAUGCUCUGCGAUUCGCAGUCGCUCAGUAUAACGCAGAGAGCAAGAGCAUUUACACCAGCCGAGCUGUUAAGGUGAUCAGUGUCCAGACACAGGUUGUUGCUGGUUUGAAUUACAUCUUCAACGUCGAGAUGGCCGAGACUACCUGUAAAAAAGCAGAACCUGAAGCCACAUGUGCCAUCAAUCCAGAUGCUAACAUUGCACAACCCCGUGAAUGCAAGCUGGUAGUGUGGAGUCAGCCUUGGGUGAACAGCAUGACACUGACUGAGAAUAGAUGUGCAUAAACAUCAAAUACAAUCAAAACCACUGAGCUAGUUUAAGAGAUUUAUAUAGAUUUAUAUAUAUAUAUAUAUAAGUGCUUUAAUCAUUAGGCUGCAUUUUGAGAUAUAUAUGUAUAUGUAGGGUUAUUUCUUGAACAUAUUCUAUCAACUGACACCAAUAACCUAGGCUCUGAGAUUAGAAAAGGAUGGUUCUAGGAGAAGAAAUGUAACAGAACUUAUUAAAUUGUAUGUACUACUGGUUAAUAUCAUUUGUUGAAAUCAUUAUAAUAAAGAUUUUUUUUCUGAAUGCA